AUGUCUCCUGCAGCAGCUGAACCAGCAGCAGAUGGCGUUCAGCGAGACAGGCAUGUCAGCAUACUCAUUUUCUUCCUGUUCGUCUUUGGUGCCAUCCUGCUGUUUGUGGGAGUUCUGCUCUCCAUCUUUGGGUUCCAGGCGUGCCAGUACAAACCCCUCCCAGACUGCAGCAUGGUGCUGAGGGUCGCCGGGCCUGCGUGUGCCGCAGUUGGGCUCGGGGCCGUGAUCCUGGCCCGCUCCCGGGCUCUGCUUCAGUUCCGGCAGGGGCGCCGGAGAGGCCACCGGGCAGACCCCGACCGACCCUUCAUCUGCGGGGAGAGCCGCCAGUUUGCCCAGUGCCUCAUCUUUGGGUUUCUGUUCCUGACCAGCGGCAUGCUCAUCAGCAUACUGGGCAUUUGGGUCCCUGGCUGUGGCUCAGACUGGGAGCAGGAGCCGCUGAACGAGACAGACACUGCCGACGAGGAGCCCCAGAUCUGUGGAUUCCUGUCCCUGCAGAUCAUGGGACCCUUGAUUGUGCUCAUGGGACUGUGCUUCUUCGUGGUCGCCCAUGUUAAGAAGAGAAACAACUUGAACGAGGGCCAGAAUGCCCCUGAAAGCGAAGAGAGACAGACCCAGAACACGGAGCCUGUGCAGGUCACUGUAGGUGACGCCGUGAUAAUAUUCCCGCCCCCUCCGCCGCCCUACUUCCCUGAGUCUUCAGCUUCUGCCGGGACCAGAAGUCCAGGAGCGGACAGUGUGCUUCCAAAUGAAAGUCCGCCUUCAUAUUACAGUAUUUUUAACUAUGGCAGGACCCCAGCUCCUGAGGGCCAAGGCACAGCUUCUGAGAGAGAGCGUGUAUCCAUCUAUACCAUCUCGGGGACUCCUUCAUCCUCUGAGACCUCCCACACUCCACAUCUCUCGUCUGAAUUGCCUCCCAGAUACGAAGAAAAAGAAUCUGCUGUAGCCACAUCCUUGUCUCCCUCUUCUCAGCCUUCCCCACCAUGA